AUGUGUAUGUCAGCAAACAAGACAUUGAGUCACGAGAAUACGGUAGUGCGCGUCGACACAUCCGCCAAGGCAGCUGCAGCUCAGCUCCAGCAAAAGGCCCAACAAGGCGCAACUAAUUCGUCCAGUCCAAGGCCAGCCACACUGCCAGGACUGUCAUUUUGCUUGCCCAACCUGAAUCAGUACUCAAGACAUUGGACGAUAUGGCUGAUGAUAUGGCUCAAGAAACAAUAA